CGCCGCCGACGUCACUUUUUGGCGGCCGUGCUCACAGCGCAGCCUCCUCCCAGAUCGGGCUCCCCCCCUAACAAAGCUCUCGCGAGAUACUUCGGCGCGCGGUACGGACAUCUACCGCUGGUGAAUUCGUGACGUUCGUUGGAAUCUCCUUGCGGGGAGAGCUUCUUCAUUCUUGGAAGAAAAAAGUGGGUGUCUCCUCUCUCUUUUUGGGUAGAGUUUCUUCUCGGGCUUCGCCGGACAUCAAGUAACCAUCGCCACGGCUUUAAUGGACGAAGUUUCACUUGCUGUUGAUGAUGUGAAAAGGACAUGGGAUCAAACUGUGAAUCACAUUCAGGACAACAUAAAAGAAAUUCAAUGUUGUGGGAAAUCUGGAAAGGGUAUUCAGGACCGGAAUUCUCUCCCUAGACUCAAUGGCACUGCACAGGAUGGCCUGGCAUUGCUUAGAUCACUUCAGUUUAGGCUUGAUCUUUUGGCUCAACAACUGCCCACAGAAGAAGCUGUAGUGUCUGCCCACACAAUGUUGAACUCUUGGAAAGAACAAUACCAGGGAUUGCACUUGAGCUUGAGAAAUGCAAACUUGCAAGCGAAAAACAACAUAAGAGCAGUGCAUUGGAAUUCAUGCCUGAAAAUUGUUUCAGGAUAUUCUAGCAUUAUUCAAAAUUUUAAUUUCUAA